AUAAGUUAGGGGACAGGUAGGGGGUGGAGGGGUGAUCACCAAAUACAGCACUUCCUACUUGUCUGAAAUAAUAAAAAAUGUACAGAAAUGAAAUAGUUGCAAGAGACACAAGAGAAGAGAUACAAGAGUUGGUUGAGUUGAACUGAGUUGCUCGGAUGCACCAGAUAGAGUUCAGGGUGCUGGUGGGUGACGUGGGAGACUUAUGAAAGGCUUGGCUGUGCUUGCAGCUCUGAGAAGGCAGAAGUAGAAUUACCUGUGCAGAACUGAGUUUAGGAAAUGAGAAAACCAACCUCCCAAACCGCACACAAGCUGGGUGUAAGUAGCAGUGAGAUAGUUGUGUGAGUUGCUCAUAGAAGCUGCUUCAUUGAGUCUCUCUCUCACUGGGAUGGGGGCUCUCGGCUUUGGCACGACCUCUCCAUACAAUACCCGACUGUAUCCAAACAGCCAGCCAUGAUUAUCCACCGCACUACUGAUAAUGAUCAAGGGGGAAACCAUGAAGGAGAUGAAUAACCCACUACAACGGCUGCUUCUCAUAAUCUCUGCUGCCAUGCUGUUGGUCUCUUAUGGAAAUACAUGUCCAGUUCAGAUAAACGUAAAAAAAAAUACAACAUAUCACAAAGUCAUUAAUGAAUCACUUGAAGUGCAAUGCCCAGUCAGUCUCUGCACCAAAAACUUCCCCCAGAUGACUUGGUGCAAAUUCGACAAAAGCAAUGAGUGUAAGCCUGUGAUGCCCAGCCCAGGAGUGACGCUGAAAUGGGCCAAUGGGAUGAAGAAGUUCAGUGCUGUGUAUUCACUAAUGUUUGACUCUGUACAACUGAACGACACUGGAUUUUAUCGCUGCAGCGCAGAAAAUGAUAUAAUAAUGGGACGCACAAUAGAAGUACAUAUUUCUGAGACUGACAAGAAUUCCAAAGCAAAUGGAACAACAAACUUCAGUACAAUCGAAGAACAAAACAAUGGAUCCCUGAAGCACAAAAAGGCGCAAGACUGGCUCCAUAUUUUUGUAUGGCCGACCUUAGCCUCUCUCUGUCUCAUCAUCAUGAUCAGUUCUGUCCUUGUGUACUCACUGAGAGCAAGGAAAGCAAAGCACAGAAGGCAACGAGCCCUCGAUAAUACAGAGGUGGGAUGUGAAACGUCUCCUGAGAACCCUCAAAAUCAAGGACAUCAGCCUCAAGUAGAUGAUAGAACUUACUACCCUCCAAAUAUGUUAACCCUGGAGACAAUAACAGAAGCCACCUAUGGUAAUGGUCUAAUGCCUAACAACGUGGCACCACCCGCUGAGCACUCCGAGGAGCAGGACUCCAUUAUUUAUGCCGACUUGAAUCAUGAUGCCAAUAAAAUAAAGGCAAAACAGCAAUUCAUGGAUGAUGGACAGAUUGAGUAUGCUACAGUGUGUAUGAGGACUUGAGUGGAGAAGACUGGGUGGAGGGACACCAUUACAAUUAACAAGGUUACUUUAUCCUCCAUUCCCAUGAACUUCAGGUCACUCUUCAGCCAUAAACUCUCCUGCUUUGUGAGUGUUCUUUGAUUUUGUGCAAUGCUGAAAUAUAAUCUGGAAAUCCA